AUGGGCUUCAGAUUCACCCUCCUGUGUGAUCUACUGUCCAACUUGGACGACAGCAAAACGGCCAAGGCAUGCACGGCGGCCAGGAGCGAGAAUCCAGACAUUAGAAUAGUCGCACAAUGGUUCUCUCGACAUGAGCGGAUCAUCCAUAAUGCUGAAACAGAUCGUGUGGCGUUGCUUUCGUGCAUGUUUCCUGAAAAACGAACGGACCGAGUAUACUGGCUGCAAGCCAUGCAGCUGUCAAGAGUUAUCGGGCGCUGCUUGGGGUUGGGAUCAUCGCGACUAUCCGAGCUCAACCGAUGGCAAAUUCCUGGUGGUCCGGAUCUCGGAGGGUGUGUCGAAGUUGUCAUGCGGCAAGCUGAGAAUUACAUUUCGGCCGGCCAGGAGUUGUCGGUAGAAGAGGUCGAUCGCGCCAUGGUUAUGAUUGCAUCACGUUGCCGCUUCUCUGGCCCUAAUACCCGCCGGAAUUGUACACCUGUGAAUGUUGAGGAAGUCCUAUCAAAACUAUACCGUCGGUCAAGUAGCCGUGACGCCAAAUGGCUCACGCGCAUGAUUCUCAAAAGCUAUUCUCCAGUUAUUCUUCCAGAAAAGUAUACCCUGAAGAAAUUUCACUUUCUUCUGCCACAACUACUUCAACUUCAAAACUUUUUUGAAGGCGCGUUGGAGAUGCUCGCUUCUGACCCAAUAAACCACUUCCCUCCAAACCCGGAUCCCCAAGCAGCCAGAAGUCUUGCUACCAUUGCUCUACAACAUAUGCGCCCUCGACCUGGCAUCAAAAUCGGACGACCUGAUUAUUACAAAGCCCGGAGUCUCAAACAUUGCCACCAAAUGGCCAAUGGUCGUCGAAUGAGCAUUGAACGGAAAUACGAUGGUGAAUAUUGUCAGGUUCACGUUGAUCUCUCUAACAAGUAUACACCCAUUCAGAUCUUCUCCAAAAGUGGCAAGGAUUCAACCGCAGAUAAAGAUAAGAUCAUCCCAGUGAUAGAAGAAUCGCUUCGCACUGGCUUGCCAGACUGCAAAUUUUCACACCGAUGUAUCGUCGAGGGAGAACUGCUUGUAUGGAAUGAUCAAAGCUGUGAACUGAUGGAUUUCAACAGAAUCCGCAGAUUGAUCCCACGAUCUGGAACUCUACUUGGCGUUGAUAGUGAUUCUCCGCCACAACCGUACGAGCACUUGAUGAUCAUGUUCUUUGACAUUCUUCUCAUUGAUAACGACGUAUGUCUUGCUAAGCCUCAUCGGGAAAGACGACUACUUCUACAGAAAGUGGUGAAGAGCAUACCAGGCCGAGCGGAGCUUGCCCGUCAGGAAGUUCUAGACUUCAACCGAAUUGAUAGCUACCAUCGACUCGAAAGAUCCUUCGAAAAGGCGAUUACUGAAAAAUGGGAGGGGUGUGUCUUGAAGGCUUCUGACGAGCCUUAUUUUCCGAUGUACACCACUGGUGUGGAUCAUAUGUUUGGCCGUUGGAUCAAACUCAAGAAAGAUUAUAUACCCGGUCUUGGAGACACAUUGGAUCUAGCGUUGAUCGGAGGUAGCUACAACGCGCGGGACGCUCCUGAUCUGAGGCAAAUAAAAAAGCUGAAAUGGACUCACUUUUACAUUGGCUGUCUUCUGAACAAGGAACGUGUCCAACAAGGCGAAUCCUUGCCGCAUUUUCGAGUGGUUGAUGUGAUUAAUCGUCACUGCAUGCACAUCCAGACCAUGCAAACGCUCAACCAAAUGGGAGAAUUAUAUGCACGUGAACCUGAGUCAUUUGAAGGUUUUGCAGUUGAGUACGGGCACAGCAACCUUCCCGUUGCAACCGCAUUAUUCAAAGAGCCGUUCGUCGUCGAGAUGCUGGGCAGUGGAUUUGAAAAGCCGUCUGGCGCGAGGUACUUCACACUUCGAUUUCCUCGGAUUCUGAAGAUACACUCGGACCGGACUCUAGAAGAAUGUACAUCUUUCCAGGAAUUGGCGCUUGCCGCGGAGAAUGCCCGGGCUGUGCCUGUGGAUGAACUGGAAGAACGCGAGAAAUGGUCACAACGGCUCAAGGCUGCAAGUGGACUUCAUCAGUACAUUGAGCGAUCUCAAAGUCCAGAAGCGACUUGUUCAGAUACCGACGAGAAGACCAAUUCGCCAUCGUCCCAGGUUCCCCAUGCUACCACUUCUUCUGGAGAAAGCUUUAUGGAUACAUGUCCAUUGAUGGCAGGACUCCUUGAAGAUUCAAUAGGGAAAGACAACCAGGAUCUAUCAUCCAAGGACCGCCUAGUGUCCCCUCUGGUUUACAUUGAUGAGAACAUUCCCACUAAGGGUAAUAAUCCUGUCCUCGAGGUCACCAGUAUACUCGUGGAAAACGAGAACUUGUCCUCUCGACAACACACCAACCAGAAGGAUGGAAAGAUCGCAUCGCAGGAAUCUUCGUGCGUUUUACAUUCCAUGCAAACAAUCACUUCCAUGUGCGCACACGAAGAGCACUCUCAAGAAUUCUCUGAGUUGCAGGAUCGACCUUCGAGCAAGCUGUUGGUUCCCACACCAUCCAAACAGAAACGCAAGAUAUCACCCCAAUCUCCUUUAACAACUAUCCCCAUAUGGGCCCCCGAAACUUCAUUGGGAAGCUUUACACUUCCUCGAAUUGAUGAAAAGCCCUGCAAAGAACGCGAAUCUUGUGAUUUGGAUGAGUUUAUUCAGUGUCUUUGCUCCGGUGAAUUUUCUUCUUCCCUCCAACAAUCAAAUCCCCAUGCUGCAUCACAGGGGGCACGAUUUGGUAUUAUCCUGCUCGAUCCCAAAGCAAGUCAAUUAGGCGAGGAAAUGCACCGUCUCGCCAUAACGCUUUCCAGGUUUGUGCAGACUGGGACAAGCGCAUUCCCCUCCCUGGGAAGCAUAUUCUUUUUGGGCUCAAGCAUGUUGGAACUUGAUCUACGUCACGACGACCUUCGUUUCUGCCUGCGUGAUACUUGGACAGACAUCGGACGUGAUCAUUUCUAUGGCUGUGUUUCAUGGGAUCUCAGCAAGCGAUCUGAUAUUUUAUCCAUACGAAGAGACAAGCUCCGCUCUGAAUCGAAUGAACAUUGUUUUGACAUCACACAGGAGACACCAGAUCCUCCGGGCUCUGGACAAAGGGGCCCGUGGAUUCAGAUGACCUUUGAUGAAACAACCAUGGCUGUGUUGGGCGAGUAUAUCUCGAUCGAACCACUCGCUCAUGUUUUAUAUAAUUGA